AUGUCGCAAAUAACAGACGCCAGCAUGCGCGAGAUUAUCACGCAGCGCCUCGCCGCCGUCCACGUCGAAGUCGCCGACAUGUCUGGCGGCUGCGGCCAGGCAUUCACCUCGCUCAUCGUCUCCCCCCAGUUCCAGGGCCUCAACUCCCUCAAGCGCCACCGCCUCGUCAACGCCGCCCUCAAGGAGGAAAUCGCCGCCAUCCACGCCUGGACGGCCAAGUGCCAGACGCCCGACGAGUGGGAGCGCACGCGCACAACCGCCGCGCCGCCCACGCACGGCACCGUCGGCGGGCAGGUCGAGGGCACGGCGCAGUAG